ACUGUCCAUCUAAGAUGAGUCUCCCAGAGGAAGAGAGUGUAAGAUCAGGCUCACAUGUGUUCAGCUCUGUGUCUGUGAAGAGUGACUGGUCACAUGAUCUUCCACCAAAAUUCAGUGAGAAAACACCAUCAUCACCUACCAAAAGUGUAAGAUCAGGCUCACAUUUGUUCAGCUCUACGUCUCUGAAGAGUGACCAUUCAAAAAAGGAUAUACCCAACUUCAGUGAGAAAACACCAUCAUCGCCUACUAAAAGUGUAAGAUCAGGCUCACAUGUAUUCAGCUCUGUGUCUGUGAAGAGUGACCAUUCAAUAAUAUUUGAACCACCAGAAUUCAGUGAGGAAACAAUAUCAUCUACCAAAAGUUAUAAAGGACAAAAGACAACAGUAAAUAUUGGUGCAGAAUUUACACGGUGGCAAGCAUUAAAAGCACAGAAGGGAUUGAAGAGUGAUGUGGAACUGGCAACUUUUCUUCUCAACAGGGUUCAAUAUGAGAAAUCAGCCUCAGAAUUCCAGACGUACCGCCUCCGUAAAGAGUUCAGUGAAAAUCGCCUCUGGAUCUUCCAGGAUCUUGAGAACAAAAUAGUCGUAUUUCUGAAAAAUGAGUUGGAAAAGUUGAAGAAAAUAUUACAAAAAGAGAACACACAGUACUUUGUGCAAGACUUCAAUGAGGGCAUGUGCAGUAUCAAAGAAGCAGCUCUGGAUAUCACACUCUACUUCCUAAGAGAUAUGAAGCAAGAUAAACUUGCAGAUACUCUAGAGGAUGAGCUCGUCCUCAUUCAUCAGCGACAGCUGAAAUCAAACCUGAAGAGGAAGUAUCAAUGUGUGUUUGAAGGAAUUGCAAAACAUGGUGAUUCUACACUUCUGAAUAACAUCUACACAGAUCUCUAUAUCACUCUGGGUGGUAGUGAACAGGUCAAUACUGAACAUGAAGUAAGACAGAUUGAGGUUGCUUUCAGACGUCAUGAAUCACAAGAGAUACAGGUUGAAUGCACGAAUUUGUUUGAAGCACCCGAACAAGACAAGGAGAUCAGAACUGUGCUGACAAAAGGAGUUGCUGGCAUCGGAAAAUCAGUCUCUGUGCAAAAGUUUGUUGUGGAUUGGGCUGAAGAAAAAGAAAAUCAGGAUAUCAGCUUUGUAUUUCCUCUUCCUUUCCGGGAGAUGAACUUAAAGGAGGAAGAAAACCAAAGCUUGAUGAGCCUUAUAACUCAGUUUUUCCCUGAGACAAAGGGACUGAACCUUACAAGAAGGAAUCAGUUCAAAGUCCUGUUCAUCCUUGAUGGUUUGGAUGAAUGCCGUCUUCCUCUAAACUUUGAGGGUAAUGAGACAUGGCGUGACGUCUCGUCACCAGCCUCUCUGGAUGUUCUCCUCACAAACCUCAUCAAGGGAAAUCUGCUUCCUUCUGCUCUCAUCUGGAUCACCACCAGACCAGCAGCUGCCAGUAAGAUUCCCCCUGACUGUAUCGACCGGCUGACAGAGAUACGAGGAUUCAAUGAUGCACAAAAGGAGGAGUACUUCAGAAAAAGAUUCACAGAUCAGAAUCAGGCCAACAAAAUUGUUGAUCUUGUUAAACAAUCAAAGAGUCUCUUUAUCAUGUGCUACAUCCCAGUCUUCUGCUGGAUUUCAGCCACUGUUCUCCAGAGCAUUUUGGAAAUUAAAAGAAAAAAUUAUAUGAAAAAUGCCAAGAUUGUUGAUGCUGUAAAUGCUGAAGACACUCCCAAGACUCUGACACAAAUGUACACACACUUUCUCCGCUUUCAGAUCCAGCAGAGCAGACGGAAGUAUGAUGUUUCCUGGGAUAAAGAUACCAUCCUUUCACUGGGAAAACUGGCAUUUCAACAGCUGGAAAGAAACAACCUGAUCUUCUAUGACACAGAUCUGGAAGCCUGUGGUAUUGACGUCUCUAAAGCAUCAGUGUAUUCAGGCAUGUGUACCCAGAUCUUUAAGGAGGAUACAGGGAUCAUUCUUGGUACCAUGUACUGCUUUGUUCACUUGAGCAUUCAAGAGUUCAUUGCAGCCCUUUAUGCACAUCUGUUUCUAGACAUCAACAACCAAAGUGUCUUUAAUCAAGACUCCACAGAACAGGAAAACAAAAGUGAAACCUUGACUGAUUUGCUCAAGACUGCAGUGGACAAGGCACUUGAGAGUGACAGUGGACACCUGGACCUUUUUCUUCGAUUCCUCCUCGGUCUGUCACUUGAGUCCAGUCGUCCACUUUUAAGAGGUCUGUUAACUCAGCAAGACAGCAAUGACCAGAGCUACAAGGAAAUAGUUCAGUACAUCAAGCAGAAAUUAGACUCUAAUCUAUCUCCAGAGAGAUCCAUCAAUCUGUUUCAUUGCCUGAAUGAACUGAACGACCAAACUCUGGUGAAAGAGAUUCAAAGCCAACUUAACAAAGGAAGUCUCUCAUCUUCUGAUCUUUCUCCUGCCCAGUGGUCUGCUGUGGCCUUUGUGUUGUUGACGUCAGAGGAAGAGCUGGAGGAGUUUGAUCUACAGAAAUUCAAGAAAUCAGACGAGUGUUUCUUUAGACUUUUGGAAGUUGUCAAAACCUCCAAAAGAGCUCUGUUAAAUGAUUGUGACUUAACAGACAGAAGCUGUUCAGCUCUGGCUCCAGUUCUUGUAUCAGACUCCAAUCUGAAAGAGCUCAACAUGAACAAUAAUAACCUACAGGAUUCAGGAGUGAAGAAACUCUGCAUUGGACUGAAAAGUAUAAAUUGUAAAUUAGAGAUACUGAGGCUACGUGAUUGUGGUCUAACAGAGGAAAGCUGUUCAGCUCUCGCUACAGUCCUGAGAUCAAACUCCAGUCUGAAAGAGCUUGACAUGAGAAACAAUAAUCUGCAGGAUUCAGGAGUGAAGAAACUUGGAUUAGAAAAUACAAACUGCACACUGGAGAAACUCAGACUCUCUAACUGCAGUAUCACAGAAGAAGGUUAUAAAGCUAUGGCUUCAGCUCUGAGAUCAAACCCUUCACACCUGAUAGAGCUGGAUCUCACCGGAAAUUAUCCUGGACCAUCAGGAGUGAAGCAGCUCAGUGAUAUACUACAGGAUGGACAUUAUCAAUUGAAGACUAUCAGGUUUCUGAAAAGUGCUGCUGCACUCGAAGCGUGUAAGUAUCUCACUAAAGUUCUGGGUAAAAGUCCAUUAUUACUGAAAGAACUGGAUCUGAGUGAAGAUAAAUUAGGAGAGCUGGAUGGAGAGAAACUCUCUGCUCUUUUGAUGGACUCUCAUAGUAAAGUGGAGAAAAUGAAGCUGAAUAAUUGUAAGCGGACAAAGAAAAGCUGUUCAGUUCUAGCUACUGUUCUCUUCUCAAAAACCAUCCUGAAAGAGAUGAACCUGAACAACAGCCGUCUGCUGGACUCAGGAGUCAAAGAGAUCUGUGAGGGACUGAAGAAUCCUGUGUGUGAACUGAAGAUACUCAAGCUUUCAGACUGCAGUAUCACUGAAGAAGGUUAUAAAGCUCUGGCUUCAGCUCUGAGAUCAAACCCUUCACACCUGAUAGAGCUGGAUCUCACAGGAAAUGAUCCUGGACAAUCAGGAGUGAAGCAGCUCAAUGAUUUACUACAGGAUCCAAACUGUCAACUGAAGACACUGAGGUUUUUGGGUCCUGCUGCAGAUGAAGCCUGUCAGUAUGUGACUGGAAUUGUGGGUAAAAACCCGUUACUCCUGAGAGAGCUGAAUCUGAGUGAACAUGAACUAGGAGACACAAACAUGAAGCGGCUCGCUGCUCUACUGCAGGAUAAACACUGUACACUCAACACACUGACGCUGCGUGGUUGUGGUCUAACAGAGGAAAGCUGUUCAGUUCUUGCUACAGUCCUGAGAUCAAACUCCAGUCUGAAAGAACUUGACAUGAGCAACAAUAAUCUGCAGGAUUCAGGAGUGAAGAAACUCCAGAACGGAUUAGAAGAUACAAACUGCACAGUGGAGAAACUUGGACUUUCAGACUGCAGUAUCACUGAAGAAGGUUAUAAAGCUCUGGCUUCAGCUCUGAGAUCAAACCCUUCACACCUGAUAGAGCUGGAUCUCACAGGAAAUGAUCCUGGACCAUCAGGAGUGAAGCAGCUCAAUCAUUUACUACAGGAUCCAAACUAUUCACUAAAGACACUGAGGUUUUUGGGUCCUGCUGCAGAUGAAGCCUGUCAGGAUGUGAAUAGAGUUCUGGGUGAAAACCUGUUACUCCUGAGAGAACUGAAUCUGAGUGAACAUGAACUAGGACUGUCAGGAUUGAACAAACUUGCUGCUGUACUGCAGGAUAUACAUUGUAAACUCAGCAAACUGAUUCUGAAUAACAGCGAUAUCACAGAAGAAGAUUGUCAUGCUCUGACUGCAGCUUUAAAUUCAAACCCUUCAAAUCUGACAGAACUGAAUCUGAGUGGGACUAAACUCAGAAACUCAGGAAUGAAAAUCUUCUCGACUCUGUUUAAGAAUGAAAAAUGUAGUCUGAAAAAACUGAUGUUUAAUUGCAUCAGUAUUACAGAAGAAGGUUGUGCUGCUCUGGCAUCAGCAUUUAAUUCAAACCCUUCAAACCUGAUAGAGUUGGAUCUGAGUGGAAAUAAACUCGGAAACUCUGGAGUGACUGAAAUCUCCACUCUACUGGAAAACUCUCAGUGCACACUGCAGAUACUCAGACUUUUAGACUGCAGUAUCACUGAAGAUGGUUAUAAAGCUCUGGCUUCAGCUCUGAGAUCAAACCCUUCACACCUGAUAGAGCUGGAUCUCACAGGAAAUGAUCCUGGACAAUCAGGAGUGAAGGAGCUUGAUGAUUUACUACAGGAUCCAAACUGUCAGCUGAAGACACUGAGGUUUUUGGGUCCUGCUGCAGAUGAAGCCUGCCAAUAUGUGAUUAAAGUUCAGGGUGAAAACCCGUUACUCCUGAAAGAGCUGAAUCUGAGUUUACAUGAACUAGGAGACACACGAGUGAAUCAGAUCGCUGCUCUACUGCAGGAUAAACACUGUAAACUCAACACACUGAUUCUGUGUGGAUGCCAUAUUACAGAGAAACAGUGUUUCAUCCUGACUUUAGCUCUGAAAUCAAACCCAUCACACCUGAGAGAACUGGACCUGAGUGGAAAUAAAAUAGAAAACAAAGGAGUGAAGCACUUAUGUGAUCUACUGAUUGAUUUCCGCUGUAAAAUGGAGAGACUGAGGUUAAGAGGCUGUGAUAUGACAGAUGAAGGAUGUUCUGCCCUGACUUCAGCUCUGAAAUCAAACCCAUCACACCUGAGAGAGCUGGACCUGAGUGAGAAUAAACUAGGAGACUCUGGAUUUGAAAACAUUAGCAAUCUACUGAUGAACCCACAAUGCAAGCUGGAAAUACUAGCUCUGUGUAAAUGCAGUAUUAAAGAGAAGCAGUGUGUCUUCCUGACUUCAGCUCUGAAAUCAAACCCAUCACACCUGAGAGAACUGGACCUCAGUGGAAAUGUACUUAAACACACAAGAGUGAAUAAAUUUUAUGAUAUACUGAAGGAUUCACGAUUUAAACUGGAAGGAUUGAGGUUAAGGUACUGUGCUAUAAAAGCUGAAGAUUGUUCAACUCUGACUUCAGCUCUGAAAUCAAUGUCAUCACACCUGAGAGAGCUGGCCUUGAGUGGGAAUGAAAUAGGCCAGUUGGGAGCAACAAACCUCAGUGAUCUACUGAUGAACCCACAAUGCAAGCUGGAGAAACUAGAUUUGUGUAGAUGCAGUAUUACAGAGAAACAGUGUCUCAUCCUGACUUCAGCUCUGAAAUCAAACCCAUCACACCUGAGAGAGCUGAACAUCAGUGUGAAUCAACUAGGAGACUCUGGAGUUGAAAACCUUGGUGUUCUGUUGGGCAGUUCACAAUGCAAACUGGAUAAACUACAUCUGUGUGGAUGCAGAAUUACAGAGAAACAUUGUUUCAUCCUGACUUCAGAUCUGUGUUCAAACCUUUCACACCUGAGAGAGCUGGACCUCAGUGGGAAUAAAAUAGAAAACAAAGGAGUGCAGAUCCUGUGUGACAUACUGAAUAAUUCACACUGUAAACUAGAGAGAUUGAGUCUAAAUGACUGUGGCAUUACAGAUGUUGCUUGUUUGGCUCAGUCUUUGGCUGAAACAAAAGUACUGCUGUUUUUAAAAGAGCUUGAUCUGAGUAACAAUAAAAUAGGAGACUCAAAGCAGCAGCUCAUGGAUGUGCUGCAAGACUCAAACUGUGAACUGAAGUGA